AUGUUGUCAGAGCCACCUUCUAAAUUUCUUAAGAUUGCACUUUUUGUCAGGAAAUGGCCGCACAAAUCUCAUGCAGGUGGCCUUGAACGCCACGCUCUUACACUCCACCUUGCCCUUGCCAAAAGAGGCCAUGAUCUUCACAUAUUCACCACUUCAGGAGACUCCUUUUUCUCCAACUAUUCGAAUAACAACUUACACUUUCACUUCUCCAAACCAACACCAGCUGGUUACCUUGACCAAGCUUCAGUUUGGGAGCAAUUUCAAGCACAAAACUCAUCUAGUAAACCUUUUGACGUUGUUCACACUGAGAGUGUUGGAUUAAGGUACACAAGAUCUCGAUAUGUUGCUAAUUUGGCUGUCACUUGGCAUGGGAUUGCAUACGAGACCUUUCAUUCUGACAUCAUUCAAGAACUGCUUAGAACCCCCCAGGAACCUCAGACAAAGGCUCUGACUGAAAGAGCUGUGAAGGUUGUUGAAGAGGUCAAGUUCUUCCCAAAUUAUGCUCAUCAUGUUGCCACUAGUGAUCAUGCAGGUGAUAUCCUAAAGAGGGUCUACAUGAUUCCAGAAGAAAGGGUCCACAUUAUUCUCAAUGGCGUGGACCAACAGGUGUUCAGGCCAGAUGUUUCAAAGGGGAAUGAAUUCAAGAAGAGGCAUGGAAUUCCGGAUUCAAAGUCACUAGUGAUAGGACUGGCUGGGAGGUUAGUGAAGGACAAGGGGCACCCUUUGAUGUUUGAAGCUUUGAAGCAGAUAAUUGCAGAAAAUAGCACUUUCCAAGAGAGUAGUAUGGUUGUGGUUGCAGGAGAUGGUCCCUGGGGUGCAAGAUACAGAGAUCUUGGGGCAAAUAUAUUGGUUUUGGGACCCUUGGAACAAGCUGAGUUGGCCUCUUUUUAUAAUGCUAUUGACAUUUUUGUAAACCCCACUUUGAGAGCACAAGGUUUGGACCACACUUUGCUAGAAGCCAUGCUAACUGGGAAGCCAGUAAUAGCCACUAGGCUUGCAAGCAUUGUAGGGUCUGUCAUUGCUAAUAAUGAAAUGGGUUACACAUUUUCACCAACGGUGAGUGCUCUAAAGAAGGCCAUAUAUGAAAUGUGGGUUAGUGGAAGAGAUGUUCUAGACAAGAAAGGUCAGGUUGCCAUGCAAAGAGGUUUGCAAUUGUUCACUGCCACAAAGAUGGUGGCUGCUUAUGAGAGACUUUUUCUUUGCAUAUCAAGUGCAAAUCAUGAGGACCAUUUCUGUGAAUACCAACCAUCAGAUAAUUAA